AUGACUGAGAUCGUGAGAACCAAAGCACCACUUACAUUGCGGUUGUCUUCGUAUGUGUUCAAGACAAAGCAGUGGGAGAAUUUCGUGAGGUUGAGUUGGGACGGGAGUGACGAAGGGACACGCCCGAACCCGGCGAUCCCUAUACCUUCCGGAGGUCCCUCCGACUCGGAAGCGCACCCAACAAGGAGAUCGGGUGUCGGGUGGUUCAAUUCGGGUAGGGUUAGGGACUCGGAUAGAAUAUACCCUGACAUCGUCACCGACCCUUCAUCGUCGGCGUACUCCGCCCGCGCAUUGGAGCAUGAGUCAUUCGAGAUGCAUUCGGUGCAAACGGGGACAAGAUCCAAGGAGACGGUCUUACUCAGUAACGGGUUGUCGCAGUAA